ACUUGAGUAUUGAUAUUUAAUGUACACAAUAACAAAAAAAUAUGAAUAAUGGUUACAGGAGGAAACGACGGAAAGAAACAAACUCUACUGGGAUAUGAACUUACUUCCUGUGAAGAUGCUAUAGUGAAUUAUUUGGUGCCUUCUGUUAGUGCUUGCAUUUUGUAUAUUUUACUAAUAGCUGUCGAUGUCGGUGUUAUUUUUAGCCAUUUUAAAAACGACGAUCCUAUUUGGGCUUCUCUUACUUUGUUCAUUUUAUAUGUGCCUGCUUUGAUCAGUUUUGUUUUAGUAGUGUCUAAUUGGGCACUUUGGCCAGAGUUUGAAUCAUGUGGAAGAGAGAAUAUGAUUUGGUUUUGGACAAAAUUAGGCGAACAUUUCUUCUUUCCAGUGUGGAGCAUUUGGAGGUUUGCAGAAAGAAUUUUUUGGUCGAUAGAGGCUGUACGAGCUAAGGAUGAACAAAGUUUUGAAGAAGCAGUAUCAAUUAUUACAUCUCCCAGAUCAAUUGAAUUAUACGUAUUUUUACAGUCUUAUACGCAUGCUUUACCUCAAGUCUUGUUACAGCUAUAUAUACUUACAAGAAAUAACACUGAAAUGAAUCGUCAAACAGAAAAAGUUCAAACGCUAUGUUUAGUAUUAAAUCUACUGAAGUUAGCAGUGACCACUACCUAUUACCAACGAUUCAAAUCCCAGAAACUAACAGGAAAACAGUAUCCCUGGUAUAAACGACAUAAGGAUCUCAGUUUAGCUCCUAAUUCCACAAAUGAAGUUGUUUUAAGAAAACCAAUAAUAGCAGUUAGUAGAUUGGCAAUGGAAAUAGAGGGUAGAUUUCAAACUUUCAAACGUUACCUAGCGAAUGAAAGAGGAUUCGGUGAGAAAACUGGGCUUUACAAUUAUAUUAUAGAAAUGCAAGAAUUGGGUUUUGGACUAACCGUGUAUCAAAUUAGAAAAUAUGCUUAUGAUCUUGCUAAAGUGGAUGGUCGAGAGAAAUUCUUGCCGUCAACUAAUUGCAUUGCAAGCAAAUGGUGGUGGAAUAGUUUUAAAAGUAGAUACAACUUGUGCCUUCGUGUGCCAGAAAAUCUUUCGGCCUACAGAGCUUCCAUGGCUAAUGAAUUUAUGAUCAAAGAUUUCUUUUCGAAACUGAAUGAUGUUCUUACGAAACUCAAUAUAAAAAACACACCGAAAUUAAUUUGGAAUUGCGAUGAGACUGGAUUAUCGUAUGUAGUGAAACCUUCCAAAGUUAAUACCGGCAUUGGUAAAAAGUAUGUUUUUAAAAGAUCUUACGCUGAACGAGGUCAAACUCAAACUAUGUUAGCAUGCAUUUGUGCUGAUGGAACAUGGAUUCCUCCUAUGGUAAUCUUUAAAAGUGUUACAUGGAAUGAUACACUUAAAAAUGAUGCCCCUCCCUCCACAAUGGAGCUAAAGUUUUGAAAAUAGCGAAAGAUAAUUAAGUUUACCUAUUUACUUUCCAAGCUCAUUGCACUCAUCUAUUGUAACUACUUGACGUGGGACUAUUCAAGCCACUUAAGACUAACUAGCGCGAUAGCAUGAAUCGUUAUAUCUGCAAUAAGCCUACGGAUGCUCCAAAUCGCAGCAACUUCCAUUCCAUUUUGAAUCCAGCUUACAUAAGCGCCUUUACAAAGAAAAACAUUGAGAAUGCUUUAAAAAACAUGCAUAUGUCCUUUAAACGGAGAUGUUAUUCGAAAAGAAGCAUUGCGGCCUUCAUCUUUAACUGACAUAGCUCCUGCUUCUCCAGUUUCAACUGACGCAGCACCUGAAACUUCUAUUUUAAACCCCAAAGCCACAGUUGAUCAUAUUUUGAAAACACUUCAGUAACAGAAAAUCUUUAGCAACAGCCCUCGACUUCAUACAAAUCUGUCCAAAAAGCAAAAAAAGUAAAAUAGAUGAUGGGAGUGUGGCUUAUGUGGAGUCCUGUAUUCAACUGAUGCUAAGAAAAGAAAUGGAGCCCAAUGGAUGCAGUGUUCAUCUUGUUUGACACCAUACCACGAGAUUUGCAUAUGUAUCGAAGAUACUGACGCCGAUGAAUUAUUAUAGAUAGAUUAUAAUACACAUUUCACUUAACCAACUCAGAUAUGCAGCCAAUCUAAUCCUUUCACAGUUAACUCAACAUACAGUCUCUAUUAUUUCAUUAUUUGCAUAUGUAUCGAAGAUACUGACGCCGAUGAAUUAUUAUAGAUAGAUUAUAAUACACAUUUCACUUAACCAACUCAGAUAUGCAGCCAAUCUAAUCCUCUAACAGUUAACUCAACAUACAGUCUCUAUUAUUUCAUUUUUUUUAAUACAUAUUCACACACAUAUCGAAUAUUUUACAUUUCCUCUUUCCUAUAUUAAUAUUUUCAUUCAUUCAUUCUUAGCUUCAUUUAUAUUCAUUCAACAUAAUUCACAAUAGGGUAAUACCAUAUUGACACUAUUAAAAACUACAGUAUAAUAAUAGUUAGAAUAUCACAUUCUGUUAUCAUAUCUCAUAAAACUUUUUAAUAGACUAUUCAUUUUACUAAUUAAAUUUUUAACUAUUGUUAGCUUCAGCUACAUGAGGCACCGGGGAUGAUUUGUUCAGAUCGAAAACGUUAUGCUUUCAAACAUUUUGACGACACUUUUUGAAAAAGUUUUAACUAUGUGUUUUUAUACCACAAUACAAGUGUGAAGUGUUUUAACUUCUGUAUUUUUUUAAACGAUGGUAUACAGCCAACUACUGGGAUUUUCCCAUUAAUUUUUUUAUUAUAGAUGUGACCGUUGUAUGGAAUAAAAUUUUUAAAUAUCUGAUU